AUGGCGAGCAGCAUGUCUUUACUACGACGGAGUGCGCGGGUACGACUGGGACCGGCUAGGAGAGCGCUGCAUAGAAGUGCAGCUGUGAGGGCCUCGGCGCCGCAGCAUGGGGAGGAGGGGAUGGGGCCUGAAGGACCGGGGUGGUCGGAUCCGAGGCCGCCUUGGAUGUAUACCAGUGUGUCUUGGGCUCAGUGGAUAAUUUGCCCUGCUGUGGCUAUCUACGGCGUAUUCUUCAUGGACUUUGGCGACCGGGAACAUGCCUUCAUGCCGGCACGACGUUGGUUACAACGGCAGAAAGCGGCCUUCUUCACGCUCUCGCCCGAAGAGCAGAAGUACGUCGAAGAGUUCCAGCAGCCAAAGUCGUCCAAGGUGUACCGUCCUUAG